GCAAAUCCAUUUGCCGCCCCGCACCUUGCACUUUUUCCGUUCAUUUCAUUUCCUUUUUCUCAUUUUAAUAUUCAGUUUGUUUUUUCUUUUUUAGAUUCUCCUUUUUAAAUUUUGAUAUUAUUUUUCUCUUGGAACGUUUCUGGAUCAGCAAGUAAGCUCUCGCAGUCUCAGAUCUCAGACGUUUCUUUCUCUAUCCAGCUCUCUCUCACAUCCGAUUCUUUGAGUUCCAAUCAUGUGGAGGUUCAAACCCUUUAUGCAAAAGGAAACAGCUGGGCUUGAAGGCCGUUCUAUGGAUGUGGGGAAUCUUAAAAUACAUAUUCGAAAUGUGAUUGCUGAGGGAGGCUUUUCAUGUGUAUACUUAGCUCGCGACACUCUUCACGCGUCGAAGCAGUAUGCUUUAAAGCACAUUAUAUGCAAUGAUGACGAGUCACUAGAUUUGGUGAUGAAAGAGAUUUCGGUUAUGAAGGCACUUAAAGGACAUCCCAACAUAGUUACACUCUAUGCUCAUACCAUCUUGGAUAUGGGACGGACUAAAGAAGCAUUCCUUGCAAUGGAAUUUUGUGAGAAAUCUCUGGUCAGUGUGCUGGAAAGUAGGGGCUCAGGUUAUUUUGAUGAAAAACAAGUCCUUGCAAUGUUCAGAGACAUUUGUAAUGCAGUUUUUGCAAUGCAUUGCCAAUCUCCAGCUGUUGCUCACAGGGACUUGAAAGCUGAGAAUCUUCUUUUAGGUCCUGAUGGAUUGUGGAAGUUGUGUGAUUUUGGUAGCACCUCUACGAAUCACAAACGCUUUGAGAAGCCUGAAGAGAUGGGCAUAGAAGAGGACAAUAUCAGAAAGCACACAACACCUGCCUAUAGAGCUCCCGAGAUGUGGGAUCUAUUCCGAAGAGAAAUUAUAAAUGAGAAGGUCGAUAUUUGGGCUCUUGGGUGUCUUCUUUUUCGCAUUUGCUACUUCAAAAGUGCAUUCGAUGGAGAAUCAAAGCUGCAAAUAUUAAAUGGGAACUAUCGCAUUCCGGAGUUACCUAAAUACAGCUCAACAAUCACGGACCUGAUCAAAGAUUUACUUCAAUCUUCACCAGACGACAGACCAGACAUCACGCAGGUGUGGUUUCGUUUCAAUGAGCAGUUACCUGUGGCAUCACAGAAGUCUUUACCUGAUAGGCCACCUGAAAUGAAGUCUACUGAAAUACAUGAAGCAGGUAAUUCAAGGUUGCCUUCAAACAAGUCACCCCCUAUGCCUCGUAGAAGCCCACCUCCCCCACCUUCAUCUGGAGAACCUUCUAGAGAUUCAUCACAACAUCUACCUACAUCCAAGGCAGUAGGAGGUGCAGGGCAGCUUGGUGCUUUCUGGUCCUCACAACAUGCAAAGGAGUCACUGGUCAAAGACGAGAGUGAGCCAAAAUUUGAUGAGGAGCCAACUAGCCAUAGUACGGCAAAGCAUGAUAAGAUUCGUUCAGAGAAUCAUCUUUUAUCAAAGAACAUUGGUUAUGGAAAAGAAGAUACAGCAACAAAAAGUCAAAAUGUAGGAAGAAACUCAUAUGCAAAACCCAAGCCUGAGGAUGGGCCAUCAAAAGAAUUUGAAUUAAGUUUCUUUCAAAAGGAUAGGGAUCACCACAUUGAGAGGCCCAAAGCAUCAAAUACUGGCAGCUCAGAAACUUUCAGUGACAACUCUUUUAACACUUUUGUUGCUGAAUUUGAUACCAGAAAAUUCAGCCCAGAAGCCGGUAUUAAUACAAGAUCAAGUAAAGAAGAAGCCUUAGAGGCUGAAUUAGAUAAGCUGAAGGAACAGCUGAUUCAAGCGAACUCUGAAAAGGUUGAAAUGACCUCUAAAUUCGAAAAACUAUCUGCCAUUUGCCGAUCUCAGAGGCAGGAGUUACAGGAACUUAAACAAGCACUUGCAGCUAGAAUGCCGUCACCAAACAGAGAUGCUUCAAGAAAUCAAACUUCACCUGGAAUACGGUCAUCUGGAGCUCCAAUGCUGCGAGAAGGAGCAAUUCGGGAACUCCAGCAAGACAAGGAUAACAGGAACACUGUGAGCCCCGAGGCAAAGAUGUGGCAGCCUUUUGCAGAGGAAACCAAGUCACAGCAACCUCAAGCAAUAAGCAAGUCUGUCAGGACGAGAAAUGGCCAGCAGAACAUGUCACCCGCCCAAGUGAAUUCUGGUUUUGAGUCAUGGGGCUUUGGAACAGAUAAUUUUACUGCUGCGCCUACUGGGAGCUCGCAAAUGUCAAGACCAUUUGGUGAAGGAAAUAAAACUCAGCGCAUUGAUGAGGCAAAGAUCAUGGAGGGCAAGGCAGCAUCUCAACCGGCCGGGUGGGCUGGUUUCUAACAAACACCAUGUGGAGAGCCAUACAAAGGUAUUUUGUGAUGGUAUUUUGGAAAUUGAAAGGGAAAAACUAUUACUAUAUGUGGGUGUUUGAGACUGCAGUUUGUGCUGUUGAGUGCUCGUCUUUUGUAGAUUCUCCUUCUGGGUGGACUUUACUAAGCAGUUGCACACGUAACUGAAAGUGCAUACUUUUGUCAUAUCUCUACUGUUUGCUAAAAAAUAAUUAUCCUUUGAGUUUGUUUUAAGUGUUUUGUUUUGUUUUUUUGUUGUUUUGCUUACAACUAUUGUGUCACGCUUUGUGCCUUGGACAGUGAUGGAAAUAUAAUAUUCAUGAUUUUACUCCAA